UCUAGCCCUACCUUUGGACUCCACACGGAGUACGCAGCAGGUUAAUCCUGGUUUUUCUGAUUCUUCUCCAAGUUUGCUUCUAGGGGCCCAUUGGAAGCAGGGUUGGAAAAGGGAAACAAAAAAUGCACUGGGUUAGAGCCGAUUCCUCAGAUUUCGGCGGAAAUCUCCCAAUUGCUCGAAGCGGUCACACUGCGGUGAACGUGGGAAAAUCGAAGGUUGUCGUAUUUGGAGGCUUCGCCGAUCGAAGAUUUCUCGUUGAUAUCUCCGUCUAUGACGUUGACAAUGGUAUUUGGUUUGCUCCUGACUGUACAGGAAGUGGAUCUGAUGGACAGGUGGGACCAGCUCCACGUGCAUUUCAUGUUGCAGUUGCUAUUGAUUGCCAUAUGUUUAUCUUUGGUGGGCGCUCAGGAAGCAAGAGGUUGGGUGAUUUUUGGAUGCUUGAUACUGAAAUUUGGCAAUGGUCAGAGCUCACAAGCUUUGGUGACUUGCCAUCACCAAGGGAGUUUUCUGCUGCUUCAGCUAUUGGAAAUAGAAAAAUUGUUAUGUACGGUGGUUGGGAUGGUAAAAAAUGGUUGUCAGAUGUUUAUAUCUUAGACACAAUAUCACUCGAGUGGACAGAGUUAUCAAUUAUUGGUUCUGCACCACCACCGAGGUGUGGGCAUACAGCCACCAUGGUUGAGAAGCGACUGCUUGUCUUUGGUGGAAGAGGAGGCGGUGGACCUAUUAUGGGAGAUUUAUGGGCUUUGAAAGGUCUUAUUGAAGAAGAGAAUGAGACACCAGGUUGGACUCAGUUAAAGCUUCCUGGGCAAUCACCCUCUCCUCGCUGUGGCCACACAAUAACUUCUGGGGGACACUAUCUCUUGGUGUUUGGUGGGCAUGGCACUGGAGGUUGGCUUAGUCGUUAUGACAUCUAUCACAAUGAUUGCAUUGUCCUGGAUAGAAUCUCUGUUCAGUGGAAGCGCCUGUCUACUAACAACGAACCUCCUCCUCCAAGAGCCUAUCAUUCCAUGACAUGCAUUGGUGCACGCUAUAUUUUAUUUGGUGGCUUUGAUGGGAAAACUACAUUUGGUGAUAUAUGGUGGUUGGUUCCAGAAGAUGACCCUAUUGCCAGACGGCCUCUUCUAAAUCCUCCAGAUAUUUCGAAUCAGUCAGCACAAGACCAAUCAGCAGCACAAUCUGCACCACAGGAAAACCUACAAGACCAAUCAGCAGUUUUAGAGUUGCAAAAAAAAUUAGGAAUAUCAAUUUCCUCUUCCGAUGCUCAGGUAAAUGUUAUUGCUGAAGUGAAUGAUAAAGAACUUUUGGAGUUAUCUACCAAAUUUGUUGGAGAAGUACUUCCUACCAGUGAUCAAGCUGUGUCCAUACAGGCUCUACGCGAACACUGGAAGACAUGUGAUCCAAAUUCAAUACAACUGCGUGAGCUAGGUGCAUUACUUCGAGACUACCAACGUCUUAUAAUUAAUCAACACAGGUGAGAUUCUUCUGAUGAACUAAUAUCCAUGCUCAGUUUUCACU